GGAGGCGUACUGCAGGUAAGAGAUGUUCCGGGCUGAUUCUCGGAGAAUCGUCUGACCAGCAGCUUUAACACAUAAACAUAUAGAGGCUGUGCGGUGGGUGUGCGUGCCGCGCAGAGAGCGACUCCAAUCACCGCCGCUCUUCUCUGGCUGAAUUUCUCUGACUGACGUCAGCUGACUCUCGGCUCCUCCGGACACAGCGCCGCGUAAAAAAAAAAAAAAAAAAAAAAAAAAAAAAAAAAAAAAAAUGCUGCUCUCGGUGCCGCCAAGGACAGGAAUCAGCCCGUACGGCGGCUACACCGGCAAAAGCCACAAGAAGCAGACAUAUGUGUCUCCCUCCAACCAUCAGAUGGCUCCUCCAAGCCCCAACGGCAACGGCAACGGCAACACGACCACGUUCAGCAAUGGCAGCAGCAACAGCAACAGCGGGGCAGAGCAGCUCAGCAAAACCAACCUUUACAUCCGUGGCCUGCAUCCAGGGACCACAGACCAGGAUCUGGUCAAACUGUCAGCCCAUGAAGAGCGAGACCUCUGA